AUGGCAGACCAGAGACAGCGCUCGCUCUCUACCUCUGGGGAGUCCCUGUAUCAUGUGCUGGGGCUGGACAAGAACGCAACCUCGGAUGACAUCAAGAAGUCCUACCGGAAGCUGGCCUUGAAAUACCACCCUGACAAGAACCCUGAUAACCCGGAGGCUGCGGACAAGUUUAAGGAGAUCAACAACGCCCACGCCAUCUUGACGGACGCCACGAAAAGAAACAUCUACGACAAGUACGGCUCGCUGGGGCUCUACGUGGCCGAGCAGUUUGGGGAGGAGAACGUGAACACCUACUUUGUGCUCUCCAGCUGGUGGGCCAAGGCCCUGUUCAUCUUCUGCGGGCUCCUCACCUGCUGCUACUGCUGCUGCUGCCUCUGCUGCUGCUUCAACUGCUGCUGUGGCAAGUGCAAGCCCAAGGCGCCGGAGGGUGAGGAGACCGAGUUCUAUGUGUCCCCUGAGGACCUGGAGGCGCAGCUGCAGUCCGACGAGAGGGAGGCCGCAGACACGCCGAUCGUCAUCCAGCCGGCAUCUGCCACGGAGACCACCCAGCUCACGGCUGACUCCCACCCCAGCUACCACACUGACGGGUUCAACUAA